AUGCUACGCAAAAACUAUCAAUGUCAACUGCUUGCCGAUAUUACUUUUGCAUGUUUUACAACGAUUGUUCCCAUUGUGUUGAUGUUCAUUUUUGGUUUAUUAACGAUUUUCAAUGUUCAGCAAAGUCAACGUCGUAUAUUACAGGUCCCAACGAUUGAAGAUCGUCUUAAGGUGGUAAAUGGGAAUGAAUUAUCAAAUCAAACGAAAAAAGGUGAUCGCAGUUUAUUUCGAAUGUUAUGUGUUCAAAUUUUUAUCUUCGGAAUUUUAACACUACCUCAAGCAAUUCAAAGAUUGUAUGCAGUUACUGUUCAUCCUUCUUAUUCACAACUACAAUCUACAAUUGAUAUGUUUAUUUACAAUAUCGUCCUUUUAUUAACUUAUUUAGCUAGUGCAAUGCAAUUCUAUAUCCUUACGUUAACCGGAGGAAAGCUUUUUCGACAAGCAUUGACUGAUUUACUUCGGUCUAUUUUUACUCUGAGAGGUUUAUGUUGUCAAUGA